AUGGUGAUGAGGGCCUUCGUCCUGUUGGCUGUCUUUGUAGAAGCCUCAGCGAAAUCAUGCACUCCGAAUAAAGCAGAUGUCAUCCUCGUGUUUUGUUAUCCCAAAACCAUCAUCACCAAAAUCCCCGAGUGUCCCUAUGGGUGGGAAGUACACCAGCUGGCGCUCGGCGGGGUGUGCUACAACGGGGUCCACGAAGGAGGUUACUACCAAUUUGUGAUCCCAGAUUUGUCACCUAAAAACAAGUCCUAUUGUGGAACCCAGUCCGAGUACAAGCCCCCCAUCUACCACUUCUACAGCCACAUUGUUUCCAAUGACAGCACAGUGAUCGUGAAGAACCAGCCUGUGAACUACUCCUUCUCCUGCACCUACCACUCCACCUACUUGGUGAACCAGGCUGCCUUUGACCAGAGAGUGGCCACUGUUCACGUGAAGAACGGGAGCAUGGGCACAUUUGAAAGCCAAUUGUCUCUCAACUUCUACACUAAUGCCAAGUUCUCCAUUAAGAAAGAAGCCCCUUUUGUCCUGGAGACACACGAAAUCGGGUCAGAUCUGUUUGCAGGAGUAGAAGCCAAAGGGUUAAGUGUUAGGUUCAAAGUGGUUUUGAAUAGCUGCUGGGCCACACCCUCAGCCGACUUCAUGUAUCCCUUGCAGUGGCAGCUGAUCAACAAGGGCUGCCCCACAGAUGAAACAGUCUUUGUGCAUGAGAACGGGAAAGACCACAGGGCGACCUUCCAAUUCAAUGCUUUCCGGUUCCAGAACAUCCCCAAACUCUCCAAGGUCUGGUUACACUGCGAGACAUUCAUCUGUGACAGUGAGAAGCUCUCCUGCCCGGUGACUUGCGACAAACGGAAGCGCCUCCUCCGGGACCAGACAGGGGGCGUCCUGGUCGUGGAGCUCUCCCUCCGCAGCAGGGGAUUCUGGAGCCUCUACAGCUUCUCAGAUGUUCUCUACCACCUCAUCGUGAUGCUGGGGAUUUGCGCCGUCUUGUAGGAGCCAGCCUGGCAGGCUGUGGUGGCUCCUGCAUUCAAGGUCAGC